UGUUUGUUUGAGCACGUUGAACAGCAUUUAUCUACAUUCUUUCGUUGGCCGCACUUUCUGUGGACACAAUGGCUUCUAGAAAGGGUAGAGCUACCCGAAAGCUGCGUUUUGGUAAUUCUGUUUCGGAAGAGCUCGGUCGUGUAAGGGACAACGAAUUUUGCAGUAUCGACGAGGAGCCUGUGGGAGAGCCCGAUAACGACGAAGAAGAGGAAACUGAUUUUGAGGAAUUCUCAAGUGAAGAAGAAUGGGAACCAGAAAGUGAGCCAACCACCAAAAAACAACGUCUUCUCUUUCUAUCCCCCACCAGCACACCUUACACCCCCAAAACCCCCACAUCUUGUUCUGGUGUUUCCUUGAGUCCAUGGUCAACUCCCAAAGGAAGGUCUCAUUCUCCACAGGUGAGAAAAAGGUCUGCACGUGGCAGGUCAGUGGAGAGUGACACAGGCUCUUGGAAUGACAUCAGCGUGGAGGAUGAAGCUCCAGUGCUACCCAAUUUUCAUCCAAAGCGAACCCCAGGACCUCAGGUCGUCAUGGACAGAAUCUAUUCCCCCUUACAACUAUUUCAGCUUUUCUUCCCAACCUCUGUGAUAGACACCAUUGUGACGAACACAAAUAGUUAUGCGAAAAUGAGGUCUGAAGCUGGUGUAAAAUUCCCUUGGGUGCCUUUGAAAGCACAUGAAAUGUAUUCGUUUAUUGCGCUUGUUAUUUACAUGGGGCUUCUUGGUGCAAAAAAUAUUGUAGACUACUGGUCCAGAAAAGACAUUUACUGUUUACCUUUUCCAAAAUCGGUGAUGUCCAGGUCCAGAUUUAAUGCUAUCACUUGGAAUCUGCAUCUUUGCGAUCUUAAAGAGGAUCGAGCGAAUGCACUGAAAAAAGGGACUCCUGACCAUGACAGGCUUUUCAAAAUAAAGCCCCUUUACACUGACAUCAUCAAUGCGUGCAAAACGUACUUCCAUCCAAACAGACAGCUGUCGGUGGAUGAGAGGAUGGUGGCUACUAGAGCGAGAAUCGGCUUCAAACAGUACAUGAAGGACAAGCCUACCAAGUGGGGUUACAAACUCUUUGUUCUUGCUGAUUCUGCCUGUGCCUACACAUGGAACUUCUUUGUUUAUGAAGGUAAAUCUAAGCUGGCCACAGGUAAAGGAAUGAGUUACGAUUCUGUGAUCCGCCUCCUGGAUUUUCCUCUUCUUGGCAAAGGCUACCAGGUGUUUAUGGACAACUUCUAUACAAGCCCAGGCCUUUUAUUGGACUUGCUGGAUAAAAAGACACUUGCGUGUGGCACGAUACGUUCCCACCAACAGGGCUUUCCUAGAACAAUGACCAAUGACCUCAGCCUCAGAGCCCAAAAGGGAUCCAUGCGCUGGCUUCGGAAAGGUAAGCUCCUCUUUGUGAGGUGGAUGGACUCAAGGGCGGUUUCAAUGUGUUCAACAAUGCACAAGGCAUAUGAUGGUGCUACCGUCACCAGGCGUGUUAGGAAUCCCAAGAGGGAGUGGGAAAUUAGGGAGAUCCCAAUUCCAGCAGCAACGAAGGACUACAAUAAAUAUAUGGGAGGUGUGGACGUUUCGGAUGCUCUAAUUGGGUACUACAAUGUCCUACACAAAACCAAAAAAUGGUACAAGACCUUUUUUUUUCAUUUCAUCGAUAUCGCCGUGGUGAACAGUUUUAUUCUCCAUCAGCAACUGUCCAAAUCUCAGAAUAAGAGCCAUCUCACCCAGAAGGAAUUUAGAGAGACGCUUGUGUCUGAGCUGGUAAGGAUUGGUACACUGUCCAACUCAUCAGCUGCCCCCAAGACAUCCACAUCAUGUGACCCAGAGCCGUCCAAAUCAUGUGACCCAGAGCCGUCCACAUCAUGUGACCCAGAGCCGUCCACAUCAAAUCCCUACACAACUAAGGUCGACUCAACGAAACAGACAUGCUGGCCAGAGUAUUACGGGUCAGAUGCCACAAUUGGGAGGAGAAUCUGUGUCUUUUGCAAACUUUCAGGACUCAAAGUAAAGACACCUGUGUACUGUUCAAAAUGCAGUGUAGCUUUGUGCUUUGUGCCUACAAGGAACUGCUUCAGAAAAUGGCACGAUGAAAAGCACGGGGAAAAAUAAGUGGAUUGUUGUGUCUCGUCAACAGGCUGUUGACUAAAAGUUGUGCACUCACUCCGCUGAAGUGCUUUUUUCUCUAUAUA